GGGCCUCCUUGCGCGUUACGCCGGCGGAACGUGAAGAUGGCGGCCGCCGGGGCAGGGAAGGUGGUGGGUGCUGCUGGCGCAGCUGCUGUGGUGAAGCCGAUAUUCAGCCGGGACUUGGCGGAGGCGAAGCGGCGCGUGCGGGAACUGUACCGGGCGUGGUACCGAGAGGUCCCGGACACCGUGCACAUUUACCAGCUGGAUAUCACAGUUAAACAAGGACGUGAUAAGGUGCGGGAGAUGUUCAUGAAGAAUGCCCAUGUCACAGAUCCCCGAGUUAUAGACAUGCUUGUUAUUAAGGGAAAAAUGGAACUCCAGGAAACAAUUCAAGUGUGGAAACAACGGACCCAUGUAAUGAGGUAUUUUCAUGAGACAGAAACGCCACGACCCACUGACUUCCUAUCCAAAUUCUAUGCCGGCCAAGACCCUUGAGAUAAACAGACUUUGUGGAGCUGUAAUUCUGUAUUUUCUCUUGCAAAUAAAGCCAUGUAUAUUGAAGAGCUCUUAA